GAAUUACAAGAAAAAAAUAAUGCUAUAAUUAUUUAUUCCUAAUGAAAAUUGCCUAAAUUAAGCUGCAAAUUCUCAUUAAAUAGUUAAAUCGUGACAGGGAGAGUGAACUUUAAAGUGAUACACAAGUAUGCAGUUCUGCACAAUGAUUACUUUUAUUUAGCUUGAGCUAAAUCUUAAAUACUUGCACUCCUACGCUGUGGUGGUGAAAACGGAUCUGAUCGCUAUCUCCGCUUUUGGUCAAGUGUAGGCAGCACUGUUAACGCCAUUGGGUAUUCCCGUAGCAUUUACGCAGUGCGGAUUGUACGUACGCAAACGGCGUACAUCAACACACUGACAACGUGUUAUGGAGCAAUAAACGGCGUGAGUUUGUAAUGAGAAUUCCGCUCCUUCCGCAAGGAUCGACAUUGUGGUCAUUCAAUUAAACCCACACGGACUCAAAACAGAAACCCACGCAGCGUGUAUUUCCCGUCUUGCAGCUCGUUUGAAGCUGUGCUGUGCAGAAGGUCUUCUGCCUUUCGGUUGAUGAUAGCAGUCACAAUCGGAGACAAGAGUUGCGAACUGCGUACAAUAACGGUGUGAUAUACAUUUAGCUUAUCCCUUAUAAUCCCUUUGUAUUUGUUUUUUGAGUGGGCCAGCGGGGUUGUGUUAUUACUGUGCAACUAUUUUCUCACUGGAGAUAUUAUAUAGCGUAAUAACGUUGGAACACAUUUGAGUUACAGUAUUAAUUGUAUGCAGUAUUAUAGAUAACACAAUAAUUCACAGUGUAACUGUGACUUCAACAUAUUCAUUCAAUGAUUCAAUAUGCUUUACAAAAAGAAUACUCAACUGCAUAUCAUACAGUCUUCUCUUUAAUGUCUUUUAGGAUCCUUGUGCAAACAGAGUGGAUCCUGGAGUUUGCAGACAAAAAGUGAAGCAGCUGUUAAAGCACAAAGCCUAAACAUGGUGAGGCUAGAGCUGGACCAGGUGGUGAUGAGGAGGAUGAAGGAGGACGACAUUGAGAUGGUCAAAGCUCUCAUUAAGGAGGGCUGCGAGGGCACAGAGAAUCGUCUCAUCCUCCACAUCCUCACUCGUCCGCUCUGCCUUUUCAUCUUGGCUGUUCUGUCCUCCAUCCUACGUUGCCUUGUUCACUCUUUUAUCCUGGCGCUUGCUAUUCCUGUCUUCCUGCUGAUUGUCUUUCUUAAGAUCACCAUGCCACGGUCAACAGGGGUUCUGGGCAGCAGCCGUCCCUACUGGGACUAUGUGGGCAGCAGCUACAGAGGGACCCAAGAUGAGACACUGCAGAAUCCAUAUAGCAGGAUCAGUGGAAAGACCCCAGGAACAAAAAAGCCAAGGCGGAGAAUUGGCUCCAAAGACAAAGACAAGGAGAUGUCAUCAGAGAAGAUCACCCCAGAGAGGGAACAGGCAGCAGGUCAGGUGUGGGUGGCAGACUGCGAGGGGGAGAUUGUGGGCUGCAUCUUCCGAGAGAGUGACAAGCGAGCGGGCAUCAGCAGGAUCUGCAGGUUGGUGACGGGCUCCUGGUACCGCAGGGAGGGUCUGGGCCGGCUGCUUGUCCAGAGUCUGGAGCAGAGAGAGUGGGAAAACGGAGCGCACAGAGUGUAUGCACACAUCCCUUAUCCAUCCAAGGUGGGGGAAGCCUUCUUCAGAAAAGUGGGCUAUCGGCAGCUGGAGGAUAGGACUAAUGAAGAGGACGAUGAUGAGCUGAAGAAAGAGACUCCAGAGAGAGGUUUUAUGGGAUACCCCCUCACUAAGGUGUUCUAUAAAGACUUGUGAGUGAGUGAUGUUGGACUGGGGACCUACAGUAAGUGAAAAUGCUGGAUUUCCCCUGAGUGUGACAAUGUCAUUGCUGCAGCAUGUUUAGUUAUUUAAGUUAAUUUAUCUAAUUUUGUGUUAUUUAUUCCCUUAUUUAUUUAUUAUAUGAGUCGAUGUGCUUGUUAAAGUACUUCUAUCACUCUUUCAUCUGAUAUUAAAUCUUAUUUUUAUUUUCUCAGUAUUUAAUAAUGCAAAAACAUUUUGAUGCUGAACUUUAAACAUACAUAACAAAUAAAAAUAUUUCAGUAAAACGUGUUUUCUAAACUUUGUGUAUGUAUGGUUCCUUUCUCAAACUUUUAAGCACAGCUGCCAGUAAGAGUGUGAUUGAAUGCAUCUGUAUGUGUGUGAAACUAUACAGAUGUGUAGGUGUUUGUACAGUUACUGUAUAGGAAGUAUGUGUGGUUUAUGUGAAUAUGCAGAAUUAAUCCGCUUUUAUCUCUGCGCUUCUUGCCUGUCAUUGCUCACCUUCGUAUACAGUUUGUGACUCAAUGAGUCUGCAAAACAAACGUGUUCUCAUUUACUUGCUCCUUGUAGUUUUCAUAUUAAAUGUUGAGGUAUAAAUGACUAUUAGAGGUGCACAUUAUGCUUUUUUCUACUGUUGUUGCCCCUAAUUUUUAUGUUAAUUGAACAAAUAAUUGAAUGGAAUUACUUUAUUCUGUUCUAUAAAGUUAAAAUUA